GCAGGUGGGCAGAAAGCUGAAGGAAAUGUUUUAGAAACCCAUUCAGAAAACAAAAAUCAAUAUAUAUCAUUACAAGGAAGCAGUGAACAAAACAAUGGAAAACAACAGCAAACCAACUGAAAAGAGGAUUGCAGUUGUGACAGGAGCCAACAAAGGGAUUGGUCUAGAGAUUGUUAGACAGCUUGCAAACAAUGGAAUCAUGGUCUUAUUAACAGCAAGAGAUGAGAAAAGAGGAACUGAAGCUGUUGAGAAGCUCAUCAAUUCUGGAGUUUCUGAUGUUAUGUUUCAUCAGCUUGAUGUUUCAGACUCUUCUAGUGUUGUUUCUUUAGCUCAAUUCAUCAAAACAAAGUUUGGCAAGCUUGAUAUCUUGAUAAACAAUGCAGGGGUUGGUGGUAAUAUUUUGGCACCACCUGAUCAAUAUGCAGAAUCAAAAGACAGAUCAGAGGAAUUUCAAGUUGCAAGGUUGUUCAAAAUGAUCUCUGCAUCAACUGAGACAUUUGAUGGUGCAAAAGAAUGCUUGGAAAUAAACUAUUAUGGCACCAAGAGAGUUACUGAACAACUCAUUCAACUCCUUCAGUUAUCUGAUUCUCCAAGGAUUGUCAAUUUAUCUUCUAUUUUUGGAAAACCAGAGUUCAUGAGAAAUGAAAGGAUUGCAGAGAAAUUAAGUGACAGAAAUGGGAUAACUGAAGAAGAACUGGAUGAACUGAUGAAAACUUUUCUUGAUGAUUUCAAAGAAGGAAAAUUGGAAUCAAAUGGGUGGCCAAUUUGGUUUAUCUGCAUACAAAGUUUCCAAAAUAGCUAUAAAUGCAUACACAAAGAUACUUGCAAAGAAGUUUCCUACAUUUUGCAUCAACAGUGUUCAUCCUGGUUUUGUGAGAACUGAUAUUAGUGCAAAUAUUGGAACAAUGAGCCCUGAAGAAGGUGCUAAUUGUCCUGUCAUGCUGGCAUUGCUUCCCAACAAUGGUCCUUCAGGUUGUUUCUUCAUGGAAAACAAGCCAUCCUCUUUUUAGAAAGUUCUAAAUAAUAUUACUACUAAACACUUGAAUUAAGAGAGCUAGCCAUGUGUAUUAUAUGUAUUAUUGCAUUGUCUCAUAAAUAUGUCCUGGUUUCAAUAAUAAAAUUUUUGUCAUGCAACUUGCAGUGAUUUUUUCU